AGGAGAGUCUUACCAGUCAGUCUGAAUCUCUCUCAGCCUACACAAUCUCCCAACACAACCUCAGGCUCAGUAAUGUUGUAAAGGCUGCGAGUGUCAGCUCUACCUUCUUCACACGCUCUGCUAUCACCUUCUCGAGGACACACACAGCACACACCUGACUGUGUUGCUGAGUCCGUCCUCACGAGGAGGUGGAUGUGAAUCCAGAGCUCUCUUUUCAAACAGCACUGUGAGAGGCCAUCAUGGAGGAGGCUGACCUGCUGAGGGAGAGGCUCCAGGCCAUCACGGACAAAAGAAGACUCCAGGAGAACAUUGCCAAGAAAAGGAGACAGAUUGAAGAGGAGAAAUUAAACCUCCAGUACAUAAAGAAGAAAGCCCUGAGGGAGCAGUGGCUGAUGGAUGGUCUGAGUCAGCAGUCGGAAGAGGAACAGGAGGCCACGAGGCUUCAGGCUCAGGAUGAACAGCAGCAGAGUGAUCAGCUGCAAAUCAACAUCCUCAGAAUAGAGGAGGAAAUCGAGGCCUUGGAAACACAGGAGCUCAACAUCUCUGCCAAUGAAGAAGUAGUUCUGAAACGUUUAAAAGAGGUGGAGAGGACGGCUGAGGACAUUAUCAAGAAAGCUACCUUGGUGGAUGCCGAGGCAGAUGGAAAAGAUUUGAACGAAGGUUGCAGCAUAAAUGAGAAUCACAGCUCCUUCUCCGUCACUAUGGAAACCACUGAACAAUCAGAGCUGGCAAUGGACCGUGAAGUGGAGGUCACUGUGGCUGAUUCACCUGUGCAGGGGAAGAAUUUCAGUGCAGAUGAUGAACAAGUUUGUUUAGAGACCGAUUCAUCAAAUUUCCAAGACAAAACAGUGAUGCUCGGCAAAAUGUUAACUGAACUGCCAAGCGGCACAGUUGAGAUUGACAAGCCCGACUGCUCUGAGACCAGUGUUUGCACUGAAAUGCCUUGUCAGGAUCAAAAGGAAGCUCUGAUAUUAGAUUUAUGGCAUGACGAGCUCAACAGGAAUGAGUCAAUCACCUCAUCUGUGUCAGACACACUCUCCAGUGCAGAUAGUGUUUAUGAGAAUGAGGACCAUCGUAAGAGGCAGGAUAUAUCAGAACAAGAUGCUGAGCAAGAACAAUGCCCUGAGCAAGAGCAGUAUCCGGAACCAGAGCAAUAUCCCAAGCCAGAGCAAAACCCUGAACCAGAGCAAUACUCUGAACCAGAGCAUUACUUUGAGCCAGAGCUAGACCCUGAACUAGAGCAAUACCAUGAGCCAGAGCAAGACCCUGAACUAGAGCAAUACCAUGAGCAAGAGGAAGAUCUUGAGCUGGCACACUACCCUAAGUCAGAACAAUACCUUGAACCACCCCAGUACCCUGAGCCUGAGCAAUACCCUGAGCCAGAGCCUGAGGAAAAUGUGCUUGGUCUCGAAUAUGAUGGUUAUCAAAAUAGGGCAAUAUACACAGAGGAAGACCCAGAGACCCAUGAAACUCUUUUUGAACCAUCCAUUACAGAGGAGUCAAUAUUAGAGGAUGGUAUAAAAGAAGAGGCGCUGUCAGAUGUUUCCAAUGAAUCCUGCCAUGACCUUGAGCCUGAUGAAAUGUAUGAAUGCCUGGGAGUUGAGAUUGCAGCAGCUUCCUCAGACAGUGAGACAGAUGAUAAAUGGAGAUCAAUAUUCUCUUCUUCUAUAAAUAAAGAAGAUGAUGACUCAUAUUUGGACAGUCUUCAGCUGAGUGCCCAGGAGCUCUUUGUGCAGAAAGUUGAGGUGACAGACUUUAAGGAACAAGACAAUAACAAGUAUGAAGAGGUCAGUUUUGAUGUUCCCCAAGGGGAAGAAGUUCUGGAACAACCUGAGGAUGACAUUGCUUUCCCAUCCUCUCCUCAAGAGGUUAAAUAUAACCCUUUAAGCCUUCAAGGUUUGUCCAAAAUCUCUGAAGAUGAGAGUGAAAAUGGCAGGGAUGCCAAUCAUAACCACACCACCCACCAAAAGCACAUCAAUGAAGAUUUUAUCAAGAAGCUACCUAAAGACUUCUGUGUGAUACAAGAGACCAAGAGUGAGAAUGUGAGCACAGAACAUGUGGACUUCCAGCUGGCUCGUAAACAGUGGCGGGAAAUGGAAGAGCAAACCAUGAACAAGAUGGUCUUACCUACAGCCAAGCAGCCCAGCUUCCAUGGCAGCCACAGCUUCAUGUACACACCGGUGCGCAACAUUGAAAGAACUCAAAAGAAAGCACAUGAUCUGGAAAAUUUGAAUCUAGUUGGCGAUUAUCCUCACACCCAAUUCAGCCCUUGCUCAGAGGAUUCUGGCCUGGAUGAUUCCAGUUACAGGUCACCUUACGAUGACCCAGAAACACCAGUUGAAAAGGAGAUUCGCAUAUCAAUGGAGAGGGAGGAAAACUUCAAGAGGGAGAGGGACCUCUCCAGGAUGGGCAAAUCAACUGAUUGUGCUCCAUCACGAAGUAUCCCCAGAUCAAUAAGCACUCCACUGACACCUUCAUUCAUCAUCACCUCCUCACCCACUAAGGAACCACUGAAACAUGAAGUAUCUGCAAACAACGUUAUCAUUCUCGACCCUAGCAAUGAUUUCACCUCCAGCCCAAGACAUGGCAAAGAUAACGUGGUAGCUCAUUGCGGUGAGUGGUGCUCCGAGGACAACAGCUCCAACCUCAUCAUCCUAGAGACAUCCAAUCUGAUUAUUCGCAGUGCCUCCGAGUUCUCACUCAACAAAGCCUGCGAGCAGCCCCAGGAAAAGAUGUUCCUGAAGAACCCCUUUUUCAAGCUGCGUUCAAGAAGCACAAUGUCACUGGUGGAUGAAGAGAUUAGGAUGGUGAAGCAGAGGGAGGACGAGCUGAGAAAAGAGAGGGCGAAUCUGUAUGGCAAAGACAGGUUCAAUAAUGAAAGGAUAUUGUCAAAUCACAUGGACACAUUGGCGUUUGACGAUUCAGUUGAUGGACCAGUGAAGUGCAAGUCAUCUCCAUCAUCACCAAUGAAAACAGCCUACAGGAUGGAUCGCUCUGCUUUAUCCUGUGAUCACAGAUUUCCAGAGGUCUACACAGGAGGAAGACGCAAGAGUUCCAUGGCUCUGCGCUGGGAGGCAGGCGAGUUUACAAAAAAUGACUGAAGAGGACCAAGGCAACAGUUUGCCAUAUAAAGGCAUCGAUUCAAUGUCAAUGUUAUAAUUGUUCAAGUUAAAAACAGUGUUCCGAUUGUUUGUUUCAUCAAGUGACAUAAUUUAAAUGCUUCUGUGAUGCUUUUGGCAAAUUUAGAAAGACGAUGACAAUAUUUGUGGCCACAAUACUUUUGACAAAGUGCAUAGAGCACUCAUACACACAAUUUUAUACCGUACCAUGGACAUAAAUAUAACACUUGAUUCUGGCCAGAAGGUGUGAAUUAUUUUCAAAUAUCAAUACAGUUCUGACCUGUCUCCUCAUCACUUUUGAAUCUUAUAGCUGGAAGACUGCUAGUAUUGACAAGGACAGUGCCAACACAUAGGUUCCAUUUUAAACAAAUUAUGAAUGAACAAUAUUAAUAUUUUGACAUGUGGCAAGUGGAGAAUGUAUAAAUGAGAGGCAAACCCAGGUUAUCAGUUUAUGUGUCAUGCUAACGUGUUGAAACAUGCAUGCCUUCUUGUGGAUGUUCACUUGCCUAAUGAAGAACUUUUUAAAAGGUCCAAUCCAGAAGCACAUAAUAUCAAAAAACUGCCAGUGGAAGAUUUUUUUUUAUUAAAUUGGCCUUAUUUAUGAGGAUAGUACUCACAUGCCAUUAUGUUCAUUAAAAGUGGUCAAGUUCAGCUGGAACUAAUAUGAGGCUUUGGCAGUAUGAGUCAGACAAAUCAGAGGGCUAUCAAGUGUAGGUUCAUCAUCUUUGCCAGGAGGAUCAUGCGAUCAGUCACGGUUAUGCAUGCAUCCGUGAGUAAGUGUGAGCCUUUGAGAAUUAUACAACGUCUACCAAUUGUCUGCAUACAUCAUCUCUUGUAUUUCAGUUUGAAUGAAGUGUUUUAAAUUGGUUAUGUAACAUCACAGCACUGGUUGUUAGUUGGCUCACUUUUAUUGUUUUGGAUGGUGUAUUUGGAUAACUGCUAACAGCUAUUGUAACUACCAGUACACAAACUGCUGUACCUCUCUGCAACUCAGUCGCUACUACGCAGGCAGACAGCUUGGUGACUAUUUUAUAUGAUGACUUCGAGCCGAUUACCUGCAUUCAUGUUUUUGAGUUUGAAUGAAGUUUGUUUAUACCAAGCCUAUUGGUGUAUAGACCAAUUAGCCAAUUGUGGGUUGUAUAUAUUUAAUCACACAAUACAGCAAUGGUUGUUACUGACACCUGGUGGAGAUCUGCACUCUACUGAGUGCACCUUUCUAGUUGCUAAUAUAAUACUGCCUGUAUUGCUGUAUAUCGAGUUAAAUUAUGUAUCACUGUGGUUUGAUGCAAUGGUCAUUCAAUGUUUGAAUGCUUUUUCAUUGGAAACAGUUGCCUGCUGCUGGAAAAAAAAAUUAUGAGAAUGCAGAAACUGAACAGUAAAGGAGCAGGCAGGAAAGUAAAACAAUGAGCUGAAAGAUACUAAAAUAUUCUGUACAAAUAAAGGGUACUGCUGAGUUGGUGAUAAUUAUCGGUGGAUUUACCACUACGAGCCAUAGCUUUCAUACUACUCAAAGUCAUUGGAUCCAUUGGAAAUAUAAAUAUUGAUUAGUGCAGCCAUAAGGUAAGGGGAACCACGAUGUGAUGGGGAACACAUACUUUACAAAUCUGCCAGCAACUGCGGACUUCAGAAGUAUUCCUCUGCUGCAGCUCAGAGAGGAAACACAGACCAGAAUAGACUAACCUCAUAUUGGCUUCAGCUGAACAUUAGAAUGGAUUUUUAUGGUAUUGAAUCCCAUCCUUUACAGUGUCUUCUCCCUAUGAAGAGAUUGCUUCAAGGCCAAUACAAACAGGAGGCAUGAUAACAGUGACCAUUAAGUCUCACAACACACACAUCAUGUGAGUGUUAUGUUUGGAUAAACUUGAAGAAAUGGGACCCUUCCCUUUAUAUAAAAGAUGAGAAUUUACUGACAGUAAAUUUUUUUGCUGAGAUGUCUGAAUGUUAAACAAAUGUAUCGUUGAGUCCACUCUUUGCUAAAGCUUUCUUGACAUUAUAUAUGUAAAUCAGAUAUGAAAACAUAUUUUGAUGUUAUUGUAUGUCUUGAUAGAGCAAAAAUGCUACAUUGCUCAGUGUAUAUUAAUUGUAUUUUCGUACUACGUUUUUUCUUGCUGCAAAGUAGUAUUAUGAGGUGAGCUGGAAAGGCAAAAAUCAGCACAAUAUACAAAAUAUAUUAUUACCAUACAUUUCGCUGGACAAAUAUAUUUCAUUCACAUAACAUUACUCACAAAUGGAAUGUCUAGAUUUAGUAGUGAGAAUAAAUGUAAAUUCAAUUUUUUAGUUGUUUUAUCAUGAGUGAUACUUCAGGACACAGAACCAUUUGAGUUUAGCCUGAACUAGCGCUACACUAUUUAGUAGAGCUAGUUCCUGCACUACCCGCAGUAGGACAAUCCAACAAGUACAACUAUGUGUGAACAGUGCUGUCACGGCGCUCAAAACUAGAGAACCAAUGACACUACAUACAUGUAUGUGGAAAGUAGAUGUCCAUUGUCUGAAAUUUCAGUGCUUUGGAAAUUCCAAAUGAUAAAAUGGGUUUCCACAAAUGUAAGUAUUAAAGUAUUUUAUUCUUUAUACAAUAUAAAUAUAAAUGAAUGCUCACAGAUAUAAAGUGAAGCUGCAGUAAACUUACUGUACAUGAACGUCUUGUUAAUGUUAAAUCCAAUUCUGACUUUAUUUUCCAACAUUCAGCAUUUUCUGUAAUCUGGAUGUAACAGGGCAAUUGUAGGCAGAAUUAAUUGUAAGCACUUUCUUUGUGGCUCUCCCUUUAUUGUGGAUUUUAUGACCACAGACAAGAUAUUUUCAAAAGGGAUUUUCUCAACUAGAAACACUGGUAUGACAUGUUUAUCAUUAUUUACAAAGCUUUGAUGUUUCCACUCUGAAAAAGCAGCUUCUCAGAGCUCUUUACUUUCUUGACCUGAGAUUCAACUGACCUUAAUUGUUGAUCUUGAUUGUUUAACAUUUCAUGUUUUUAUGCUUCAUUGUUUAAUUAUAACUUACAAAUCCCACGAGUGCUUGCUGGUGUUUAAACAUGCUGUGAAAAGUUGCUGCCAUAGCUUUUGGGGGCUUCACAGGCUCUGUAUGACUUAAUAUGCAGGGCCUUUUUACUUUGUAUUCCUUGUGCAAGUAUAGAAGAGAUUAGUGCAACAAUAAAAGAUGUAUAAGAAGAA